AGUCAGUGUUGACAACUUUCAUGAAACACCCCUAGAAAUGACAAAUUUUCUUGCUUUUAUUUCACUGACUUCCGCGUUCAGGAAGGACAAUUCAUCAGCAGUACACUUUAGCAAACUAUUGCGCAAACUCUGAAAGUGGGUGUGUACCGUUGCAUUGCACCAUGUGACAAAGAAGUGACAUGCACUUGAUCAUUGCCUCGUGUCUUACUAGUAAUUGAAAUAUUAGCAUACACCCUACCUGCUCUAUAGCAUAUAGAGUAUUUCCUACGAGGUUACUUGUACAGAACGUGUGCAUAUUCCGAGAAGAUUUGAGGUUGGUUCUCCAAAAUGGCUGCUGAACUAAAGAAGGUGGUAAAUCAGAACCUUGAGUGCCCCGUCUGCCUGAAUAUUUUUAACGAACCAAAGAUCUUGAGCUGCUCCCAUACCUUCUGCAAGGGCUGUUUGGAUUCUUUGCUCGGUUACCUCCCGGAAGAACUAAAACUAUUAUGUCCAGUUUGUCGGAAGGAAACCGUGGUUCCUGAUGGAGAAGUGAGUAACUUACAAACAAACCUAACUGUGAGGGCGCUGGUCGAAGAUGUCCAAACCCAGGUACAGAUGUGCUCCAACUGCGAUCAGGAGGAUGCGGCUCCAGCUGCAGUAUAUUGCAAAGAUUGCAGUGACUACCUUUGCGAAUCCUGCCACAAGAUGCACUCAAAGUGGGCCAAGUUCUCAAGUCAUUCAAUCGCAGCUGCCAAAGAUGUCAGCACUGGAAAGGUUACUUUGAAGAGGCGGGGGCAGUGUCAGAAACAUCCCGGUGAGGAGGAGGGAUGCUUUUGCCUCGAUUGUAAUGGGUAUGUCUGCUUCAGAUGUAGCGUCCUAGAUCACACGCAAGAAGGACAUAAGGUCUUGGAAGCAGUAGCUUAUGAAAAGGAGCACAAGAGGAAGAUUGAAGAGAUGGAAGCAAAAGCAGCGUCAAAGAUCUGCGAUGUCAAGAAAUAUGUUGCAUCCGUUACAAAACAGCGGCAAAGAUUGCAUAAUGUACAAGAAAAUAUCUGUCACGAUAUUGACGAAGCAUAUGAAGAAACUGCCAGAAAAUUGGCCGAAAGGAAAGAAAUAUUGAAGGGUAUUGUCGAAAAACGAAUAAAGAAAUUCGACAGCUCGUUGGAGGAGAUGGAAUGGCAAGGCGAUCAGCAGAUAGCCCAAAUAGAUGCAGUGUGUAGAUUGGUAAAGAAUGGUUUGAAGGUUCCUGUGCAAAAAGAAGCUCUUAGAACGCACAACACGCUCUUCAAGGAGAUGGAACAGCUGCUAACACGAGUAGACCCUGAUGAGCAGAAGCCAAAACGAACUGCCGAUGAAGGAGAACAGCUUCGUUUUAUUCGGAGUCAAAGAGGAAUAGAGAUAGGCCAAGUCCAAGGGGAUUCCAAUUGGAUCCUGCACAUGGAAAGUCAGCUCCCUUUGAAGAACAGCAUGCGUGGGAUGACAGUAUCGCCUGCCAAUACUGUCGACAUCGGCUGCUGGACUGGAGGAAUUGUGACCUUCUCGACCGCUGGCAUCCUUCAAGAGAUAGUACUAAAAGAUGUCGAAGUGUGUGCCUUGCAGUUCACAUCUGAUGGUGGAUACGUCAUACGUGACUUCAGCAAUAACAUUUCCCUCUACACACUGCAUUGUUGCAAGAAGCUCAGAGUUCAUUUCGAAACGCUGAGUGACGAGGAAGGCGGUCCAGGAGAUCUCACAGUUGACAAGGAUGGCAACAUCCUCUCAAGCUACAGGACGACCAAGGCUAUCCAGGUCUUCGGGCCAUCGGGUGGGAAGCCAAUCAGGGAGAUCCAGUGUCAAGGAUUCGAGCCACAGCAGAUAUUUGCAAUGAGUUCCAGGAAUGCGAUUUUGGUGAAGAGUGAUGGGCACACUGUACGAAUUCUUGAUGGUCAUUCUGGUGCAACCUUGGACAGUAUCACCAACGAAGGGGUGGAUGCAUAUCCUGCCGUUUGCAAGGAUGGCACGGUCAUCAUCGCCUGGGUGACUUACGAAGAGGGACGAGUUAGCAUUGUCCAAUACACAGGAGAACUGAAGGUCAUCCAGAAGAUCAUAACGAACUUCAAGAUCACAAAGCCAUCUCGUCCGUGGUACUACCUACAGGAGUUCAAGACUGGAGAGAUUGCCUUCUGCACUCCUGGAAAAUUAUAUAUCUUUCGUGAGACCAAGGACUAAUACAUAAGAUGUUAUAGCCUGUGCACUUUGCCCCCUAAAAAAGUCCUUGUGGUUAAUGCAACCUUGUGUCUACAUUGAAAAACAUGGUGUUUCACCGUUAUCAAACCACCCCUACCCCCUCCGGACCCCUUCAAGCUUUCACGCCAUUUCACCGACUUAUUACUUUCAAAUAACUAGAGGCAACUGCUCUCAACCAAAAAAUAUCUUAUUUGAGAAGAUUUUUUUAGAAAUUAUCCAUGCCAACUUGCCAAAAGAUUGGUUGUUAUAUGUUACG